GCGAGCGCGAGAGAGAGAGGAGGAAGAUGGACCGACCUCCCAGCCACAUGACCCGUGACUGGCGCGCGGCGUCCCCGGCGCCUACGGAGAGCGUGGUCUAUGGGGACGGACACAAUGGGACCAGGUGCUUUGAAGAACACGUCCCCGAAAUCGUCACCGGUAGCAUCACGCUGCUCGUCUGCCUGUGCGGGCUGGCGGGGAACGGGGCAAUCCUCUGGCUCCUCGGCUUCCGCGUCAGGAGGAACCCCUUCACCGCGUACCUCCUGAACCUGGCCGUCGCCGACGCCUGCUUCCUGCUCUGCGCGUCGGCGUUCCUCGUCAUAUAUCAUAUGCCCAUGCUCAGCUGCUUUCAGCCGGGGCUUUUGCGGGCGCUGCCGCUGUUUCACUCCAUGGUUCUGCUCACCUACAGCACCAGCCUCUACGUCCUCACGGCCAUCAGCGUGGAGAGCCUGCUGUGGGCCCUCGCCUGCGUCCUCGCCGGGCUGGUGUACCUCGUGUGCGACCUGGGCCACUCUCGGCGCUGCUGGAUGGUUCUCGGAGCCUUGUGCUUUCUCAAUUUCUGCUUCUUCGCUCCCUUGAUGGUUCUUUCCAACGUGAUCCUCUUCGUCAAGCUCAGGCGUAGCUCUUGGCAACACCACCCGGCGAGGCUCUACGCUGUCAUCUUCCUCACCGUUUUCUUCUUCCUCCUCUUUGGCAUCCCGCUCACUGUCCAGAUCUUCCUCAACUUCUUCAUCUACGUUAAUUUUGUCUUUGAGAUCUGCCUGCUGCUGGCCUCUCUCAACAGCAGCAUCAAUCCGGUUAUUUACGUCCUGGUUGGGAGCUACGAAAAGUCCCGGUUCAGGCGAUCGGUCAAAGUGGCUCUUCAGAGGGUCUUUGACGAUCGGGCAGAUUCCCAAGAG